AUGGUUGAUGCUGCGCAUCGUCAAGGACACGAAGCAUGAUAUAAUUGGAAAGCGUGAGAAACUCUGAGAAGGGGGAUUAGUGGGACUAUGGUGAUUUCAAUUCUCUUCAUGUUUCGGAAGGAGAGAGACAAAGGAUGCGAAACGUGAGGUUUGCCACAUCAUGACUCCCAUUUAUACCGGCAUCAGGCGGCGACUCUUAAAGAAAGCCAUCUUCUAUCACCAAUUCACCAUGGUGACUCGACGACAUCAUGAAGUAACCAUUAACAUGGAAGGAUUCGGACCGAUCGAGACAGUGACGAUAUUCUCCUCAUGUUUGGUACGAGGGGACUCACCACGAGCGGGGCGUGCCAGCUGCCAGCAGGUGGUGACCAAAUCGCACGUCCAUCGUUUCCUCCAGGGGACGCAGAACGCAGGGGGUCAACCCACCUACAGCGAAGGAAAUAUGGACCAGCAACGGCAGGUUGCCGCCCACACGCUGAAGGGAACGGAAGCCCAUCCCUGGGCCAUUUCAGUUUUCACAGUGGACAACACAGUCACCUCCAGUCAACAUUUAGAAGUCUCCAAUCAAGGUCAAAUCCAUAAACCAUAUCUUCGUCGAGACACCAUGGCCCAGUCCAUCUCUGAGCUGUAAACUCUCCGCUGGGGGACGCUCAUCCGGGCGUCUCCCAGUUCGGCCAGCCUCAGGAAUACCACAGACAAGACGCUCAACGAAGAUAUAUAUCGAACGAAUUCUCGAUUGGUCGGUUCUCAUAGAGCUAUCAGGGUCGACGUUCGUAUCAAUUCAUACCACUCGACUUGGAAAAGCCUGUUCUCCUUCCGCGAACGCCCCGGCGACCCUCGACACGUUUUGACUCCUCACCCCGUUCCCUCCGACGACAAGUUGAGUUGCUUGCACUUCUUCUUCUAG